AUGGCAUCAGAUACCUACAUGGUCACUGGCGGUAGUGGCUUUAUCGCCAUUCAUCUCGUCAAUCAGCUCCUAACCGCCGGAUAUACCGUGCAUACUACUGUACGCGACUUGAACAACACGCGAAAAGUCCAACCAUUACGAAAUCUACAAGAGAAAUACCCCGAAAAACUGCAUCUCUUCGAAGCAGACCUUCUCAAGCCAGGAUCAUUUGAACAUGCUAUGAAAGACUGCUCUGUAGUUCAUCAUGUUGCUUCUCCAUUCUUGAUGGCUGAGAAAAUCAAGGAUGGACAAAAAGAGAUGGUUGAGCCUGCAUUGCAAGGAACGCGAAACGUUUUAAACAGCGUGAACAGUAUCGAAAGCGUCAAACGGGUGGUUUUGACAUCAACUAUUGGCGCCAUUUUCGGAGACUACAUCGAUGUGAAGAGCAUGAAGAACAACAUCCUCCAUGAGAGCUACUUCAAUGAAUCAAGCUCUGUUACUCACAAUCCAUAUCACUAUUCCAAAGUCCUCGCCGAGAAAGAAGCCUGGAAAAUCCAGAAGGCUCAGUCACGCUGGGACAUGGUUGUUAUAUGCCCCGGACUGGUUCUGGGUCCUUCACUCACAACGGGGUCAGAUUCUGGAAGCCUGUUCUUGCUCGAUGAACUAUUCAGUGGACAGCUUUGGUUCGGCGUGCCUGAUCUGAGUUUCUGCACUGUUGACGUGAGGGAGGUCGCCACAGCGCAUAUCAGGGCCGCAGAGACGGCGUCUGCGCAGGGGAGAUACAUUGUCUGUGACAGAGAGAUGGUGAGAUUCAUCGAUAUCUCGAAGCAGAUCCGCCCUCAAGCGAAACGCCGCUGGGCUCUUCCGCGUCAUAAGCUGCCGAAUCUACUGGUUCGAGUCGUAGGGCCUUUGUUUGGACUUACAUAUAAGUGGAUGCGGGCGAAUCUUGGAGUACGGUUUGAAGUUGGCAAUGAACGUGGUAUUAAGGAACUUGGGAUCGUGUACCGGCCUCUGAGCGAGACGUUGAAUGAUCACUACAAGUCAUGGCUAGCUCAGAAGGCACGUCAAUGA